AACGCGGCAUUAGUAAAGAUUUUCAGUACUAUUGUGUUGUUCGCAUUGAAAAGUUUGUGCGCGGCUAAAUUGUGUAUAUAAGUCUAUUAUGAGUAAUUCUCUCGUAUGUUUACUGCCACAAUCAGUAACAUAAAAAAAUAUUAGCUUCGAUAUAAAAUUGUACGUACAAAUUAAAAAACCGAAUUCAUGUGUUUGCAAUAAUUACAAAUUAAAGUGUACUUAAAACUAGUUGGCAGCAAAUGAUAAAACGCAAAUCGCUUUAAUAAAAUCAUUCAUCUAAAGCACAUUUUCAUUGAAUUCCAUCAAUUAUUAAUAGUGCCAGAUAUUUAAUCACGCAACAACAAACUACUAUAAAAACUGAAGCGGAGAAAUCGCAAGCAAAAAAUGUUGACAACUUCGUCGUUGUAUUUUGUUGCAAUUACAGUCGCCCUCGCCUCAAUGACGACUGUCGACGCGGAGGAAUGCGGCCAGGAAGAAUUUGCUAAAUGUGCGGAACCGCUAGAAAUGCUUCACUUAACGUCGGAGUUCUCAAUUGGGGCUGCCAAGAAAGAAGAGUUGGAUAAACUUUGUCACGAGCUACGAAAGGGAGUGCGAUGCAUACAAAGUUAUACACGUCGUUGCAUGGACAUGCAGCAACGCCAUCAGUUUAAUAAAUUGUACCAUGGCACCCACCAAUUCAUUGGAGAUCUUUGCAAUAAAGGCGAAUUCCAAGAUGAGUACUUACGUCACGCACCUUGCUCUGAAAUGGCCAAACGAGAAUUUGAGGUGUGCGCCAAUCGUUACAAGGAAGCUAUGGUGUUUUUAAAACCGAAUAAAAAUCAGGACACCCAAGAAAACAUUACCGUUAAUGAAAAUAUAAAAACUAUAUGUUGUUCCAUUAAUCAACUUGUGGAAUGCUCAGAAAACGCUGCGAGGAAAAUAUGCGGUAUUGAUGCAGCAAAAUUUACGCGAGAAUUAGUUGACAAAUAUGCUAGCAGCCUAACGAAGGUUUUAAGAGACAGCAGAUGGGGAUAUCCCAAUGUGGACAACACUGUAUCUAAACAAAACGAAAUUGAAUUGAAAAUAAAACUAAAAAAAAUAAUAAAACAUGGUCAAGUAACUGUUAAUACUUCAAACGACAUAUCAAUCAGUAAAGCAUAUAGUAACGACGCAAGAAAUGAGGAAAAAAAUGACAUGAAAAAAAUGAAUAAUUAAAUAUUAUAUAAAAAGACUAUCUAACCUUAGAAAUCUUAAACCAAGUGAAACAAACCAUUAUUUUUGACGUUUCUACUUAUUGGCGCCAUGAAAUAUUAAAACGGAUUGAUUUCAAGUAAUUUGUUUGGACUAUUCUGCAUUUUCUUUAUCUUCUCUUCAUCUGUUUGCAUGUAUAUUCUUGUUCACACGCCAAUAGUAUCGCAAAGGUUCCUUGGAAAUGUAACGAAUGAAAGCGAUCGUAUGAUUUUGGUAUGGAGUGAUAAUCUGAAGGGCCUGAGCUGAGCGGACAAGCCGCGUAGGCUCUCCGCCUACUCUCAGUUGAGUAUUCCUAACGUAUCGCGCGCUUAUUUUACUGCAUUAUUGGAUGGACAGACGUCAUGUCAAAAAUUGUCCGUUUCGACAUUUCGUUUGUUUUUUAAGUAUCGAAAGCUUUCAGUCGACUGGUAUAUAAUAAAUAACAUUAAAGAAGCAAUGAUUUGGUGAAAAUGGAAGUAAAUGCCAACGAAAGUGUGCAUAAGCGUUAAGCAGUAAAUAAUACUCAAAAAGAAAUUAGAAAACAAAAAUUAAUUGUACUGGAUAUGGAAAUAUUGAAAUCUAGAAAAUACUUACAUUAUUUCUUUUAUAUCUAUUUCUAUUUAUACAAAGAGAGCGAUUGAAUGAAUAUAUAUUUUAAUAAUAAUAGGCAAACGUAGUUUUCGUAUAUUUUUAAUAUAUAGAAUAAAAGAAAAUUUUAUUUUUUCAAGAAAAGCGCAUAACGAUUCAAGUUAAAAGCGAGAAAUUAAAAGGUAAAUACAUAACUAAGCAUAUGUUGGUAAAAUAAAAAGUAAAUGAAAAAAGUUGGAUUUAUUUUCGUAUGCAUCGUUGUUAAUUUUUUCGUGAAAAUGAAUCCUUCGUAAAAUUAAUUCUGCCAUUGACAGCUGUCAAUUUUUAUAAUAUUAGUGAUUGUGCUUGUCAGCGUUUUUGACGUUCUUGGUAUUCCGAAAAGCGACACUGAAACUCUCGACAAUCAGUUUCACGCUAAAGCAGUAUUUUUGGUUUAAGAAAGGUAUAGAUUGAAGGGUAAAAAAGGAGCCGCAAUGGUGAAUUUGUCUUCGGAAAACCAAAUUUGUGAGAAAAUGACAAAAACGAUGACAAUAAAACGCAAUCAUUAACUUACUUACUUAUCUUUAAUCCAUUUAAAACUUCGAGGAUUUUGUAUAGACAAUUAUUUUUCAUUUAGUCUGAAAAAUUAUUAUUAAGUUGUAUGUUAAGUUAAUUACAAUCUUGUAGUUAUGUUUUUAUUAUGACGGAUUAUAGUAUAUAAAUCAUAAAAACA